AUGGAAGUCCAAAAAACGCAAUCUCUACCUCAACAACAAAACCCAAUUAUCCCAGAACGUGGCCACGAUAAAGUGGAUGGUCUGCUAGAUGAAGAUUGGGAAACCGAUGAGGAGAGGGAAAAGAAAAAACAGAGGAAAUUGAAAAAAUUGGAAGAUGCCAAAUUUCAUAUGGUAGACGAGUUGGAAAAAUUGGAAAAAUCCCGAAUGAAAACUGCCGAGGAGGCUGAAAAAACGGCGAAGGAGGAGGAGGAGGCAGAUGAUGUGAAUUAUAAGGAAGUGAUUGACCCAAUAAUUGAAGAAAUGAAUCGAAAACAGGAGGAGAAGAAGAGAAAAAAGAGUAAAAUUAGAUCAACAGAGGAGCCUUCAGUGACUACAGUAAUCCCAAAAAAGUGUGCCAAAGUCUACAAUAAUCAAAAUUCUUUUCUAAUUCCUACAAAGAAGCCAAUGCAACCAUCAACUGAUAUGAAGAAAAAGAAGAAUACAGGAUGCUGUGGGAUUUUGUGA